CCUAAUAUAUAGUAUAUGAUGACCCAAGGAUACCCCUAAUAUAGGGUAUAUGUGGACCCAAGAGUACUCCCAAUAUAUAGUAUAGGAUGACCCAAGGGUACCCCUAAUAUAUACUAUAUGUGGACCCAAGGGUACUCCCAAUAUAUAGUAUAUGAUGACUCAAGGGUACUUUCAAUAUAGAGGAGAUGAUUACCUACGGAUGACUCCUUUUACAGUGCAUGAAGAUUUGCGAGUGUUUUCAUAAGCGUUUAUGCAUUUUUAUGAAUUUUUAAGAAAAAUUUUGUUUUUUAUAGGAAAAUGUUUACUUUAACUUAAAAUUUUGUAAAGUUAAAGUUUAAAGUAUGAUCACUUUAACUUUAAAAGUUAAAUUUAAAGUAGUGCAGUUUAAACUUUAAGCUUUAACUUUAAAAUAAAGUUAAAGUGCUACCCCUAAUCCCUAUAACAAUACAAGCGUUUAGUUUUUGGAAGUAAUUCCCCAAAACAGAACAUUUCUGUUCUGUUACGGGAAUUAUUUCCCAAAAACAGAACAAAAAUGUUCUCUUUUUGGAAAAUAAUUCCAAGAGAGAGACUGCUGACUCCAGUCUGGUGGAGUCAAUUGGAGUCAAGUGGAGUCAAGUGGAGUCAAGUGGAGUCAAGUGGAGUCAAGUGGAGUCAGGUGGAGUCAAGUGGAGUCAUGGAGUCAGCUGUUUCCCCCUUGAGGCGACUACAUCAUUCAUUUAGAAAAUACCAUUAAAAUAUAGUAGCUAACGUGUAAGGACUCUUAUAACACAUGAUAUUUACUAUUUUAUUAUUUUAUUAGUAUUUAAAUAUAUUGAUAAAUUAAUUUUAGUUUAUGCAUAUACAGAUGAAUUUCAUCCAUCAAAUAAAUAUCUUAUUUCAGAUAUAUCGUAUUACUUUGAUGAUGAUUUCAUUGAUGAAUCAGAAUAUUUAUAUUUUUCUAGAAUUGAAUCUCGAAUUAAACAAUCUACUCAACGUUUUCGUGAUGAUUAUAUUGUUAAAGAAUUUUUUAAUUGUUGGAAAGAUUAUACUGUUGAACAAACUCGUAUAGCUGAAUUAAGACGAAAACGUAUUACAAUUGAUUUUCGUGAAUUUUGGUUUCAAGAUGCUAUUUUUGAUUCAUUCUAUUCUUAUUUUGAACAACCAUUAGAUUAUAUUAAAAAACAAGAUAAUCAUCAUCAAAUGGCAUAUCGUUUACAUAAACGUCUUGUACGUACAGAUCGUGAACAAUCAAAAGAAACAAUGAAUAAUAUAAAUCGUUCAUCAUUUUUAUCUAUACUAUUUAAUUUACCAAAAAAUAAUCUUGAUCGACAAAUAUCUCUUAGCUGA